AUGAGAAUACCUUCAACUGCAUUCAUUAGAACCAACUUGCAUGUAUUUAAACCAAGAACAUUGGUAUCACGUUCUUGCAAAUUUCAAAAACCUAUCACAAGAUCAUUUCAUUCAUCUAGAGUGAUAGCAAUUGAUUUUGAUCCUUAUAAGACAUUAGGGGUUGAAAAAUCUGCCGAUGAUAAGCAAAUUAAAAAAGCAUAUUAUGAUUUAGUUAAGAAGUAUCAUCCUGAUGUCAACAAAGAGAAAGAUGCAGAAAAGAGGUUUCAUAAGAUUCAAGAGAGUUAUGAAUUAUUAAGAGAUAAGGAGAAACGUGCUCAAUAUGAUAGAUUUGGUGCAGCAGCAUUUGAUGCCAAUGGUAAUGCUAAUCCUUAUGCUGGACAAGGUGGAAAUCCAUUUGCUGGACAAGGUGGCAAUCCUUUUGGUGGAUUUGGAGGCUCUGCACAAGGAAAUCCAUUUUCAGGUAUGGGGUUUGACUUUGAAGAUUUAUUUAGAGAAGCAUUUGCUGGUGGUCGAGGAUCAUCUGGUGGAAGAGGUGGUGGAAGAACUUAUGUAACAGAACAUGUUGGUGAUAACAUUGAAGUUUUGAAGUCUAUCCCAUUUAAAGAUUCUAUAUUUGGAACCAAAUUAACCAUUAACUACAAGGCUGUUGAUUCAUGUACAUCAUGUUCGGGAAGUGGUUUGAAGAGUGGUGCUAAGAAGAAAACUUGUCCUACAUGUCAUGGUACUGGUCAAACUACACAUAUUAUGGGUGGUUUCCACAUGUCCUCUACUUGUCCUUCUUGUCAAGGAAGUGGUGUCAAUAUUGCCAAGGAAGAUGAAUGUGGUACUUGUCAUGGUCAUGGGGUUCAAGAAAUUCCUAAAUCUCAAACUGUUGAAAUCCCACCGGGAGUUAGCGAUGGUAGUAGAAUUAGAAUCCCAGGAGCCGGUGAUUCUCCAUUGGUUACCAAGGAUGCUUAUAAUCAAUUGGUCAAUGGUGAUUUGAUUAUCAGAAUCAAUGUUCAAAAAGAUCCAGUUUUCACCCGUAACAAGAAUGAUUUAGUUAUUACCAAAGAAAUUAUGAUGACUACUGCAGCUUUGGGUGGUGAGAUUGUUGUUCCAACAUUAGAUGGUCAACAAAUCAAAUUGAAGAUUAGACCAGGUGUUCAAAAUGGAAGAAAAUUAACUAUUCCAGAAAAGGGUGUUCCAAUAAACAGAAACAUGAAUAACAGAGGUAAUUUGGAAGUUGUGUUGAAUGUCAAGACCUUAAUUCCUGAAACUCCAACACAAAAGGCUUUAUUAGAGGCUUUGGCUGAUACUUUUAAUGAUAAGAAUGCAAGAAGAACAGACUCCGAUUGGAGCUUAGACAUUGAAGAUGACAAGGAUGGAAAAGUAAAUGAAACAUUUGAUGAGAAUGAUUUGCAUCCUUCUAAAUUAAAAAGAAUUGGAAAAGUUUUAGGCAAGUUCUUCAACCUUGAGCAAAAUGACGAUAAAGGCUGCAAGAAGUAG